CGCACGCUCGUCCUCGCCGCGCUUGAACAUCGACGUGCACGCAAAGCGAGCAAGAUGGCCCUGAGCUUCAUCGGAAAGCCCAUUUCGCUCAUAUCCCAUUCAGAUGUGCGGUACAGAGGUAUAUUGGCCGGUAUAGAUCCUGCUGCUUCGACCAUCCAGCUUUCCAAUGUGUACUCUAUGGGAACAGAGUCUAGGCGACCGCCAGACCAGUUCAUUCCCCCAGUGCAAGAUCCAUACGCAUACAUCAUAUUCCGUGCAUCGGAAGUAAAGGACCUUGCCGUCGAUGAACCACAACCCCGAAGGGCUGUACAUGAUGAUCCUGCCGUAAUUGGGGUUUCGGCACCUAUGGCCCAACCUCCGUACGGCGGGCCUGCAGGAUAUCAACAGCCCGGCUUCCAGCCUCCUCCAGGCCCCGCAGCUGUCUCACCACAACAACGACCACAGGCCUACCCGUCCCCGACUUCACAGCCUCCUGCGCAGCAACAUUCCCCAGUGGUCGUGCAGAACGGCGCGCCCUUGAAGGAGCCACAGAGUAACGCUGUCCGGGCCGCGAAUGCCUCGCUGGAAUCUGUCGAGCGUGCCUUGGAUGAUCUUCGUGUGUCCGACAACCAAAGCGCGCCCGUACAUCAUGGUCGGGGCGGGCGCCGUGGCAACAAACAACACGAGGUGAAGGCAGGAGACCUGCGCGUACCCACGACGGACUUCGACUUCCAGAGUGCAAACGCUCGCUUUGACAAGUCCGCGCUUGCACCGGCCAAACCUUCUGCUGAGGCGUCUCCAAAUGGGGAGGACGAGAGCGAGACUGAAGGGGAGAAAGACGACAAGAAGGCGAGUGGACCGACUGCGUACAACCCCAAGGCCUCGUUCUUCGACUCCUUAUCAUCCGGGAGCAACGCACAGACCUCUGAGGGUGGACGUGGUGGACGUGGUGGGCGUCGGGGUGGAGGUGGUCGCAAUAGGCGAGAGGAGGAACGGGAGAAAAAUGUCGCGACCUUUGGCGAGCCAGGAGGCAUCGGCUUGAUGGGUCCCGGUGCAUAUGUCGGUGGAUGGGGAGGCUAUGGACGACGCGGCGGCGGCAGGGGUGGCCGGCGUGGUGGUGGUGGUGGCGGUGGUGGCGGCGGUGGCUCCAACAACCGCCAGUGAAGUGCUUUCUUGAAGUUAACGACACCAAUCUCGAUGCUCUCUGUGUAGGUCUAUGAUGUCUCCCCCAUUCUUGUGCCCCAUGUUUGCACUGAGACGAGUACGCGCUGAUUUG